CACGCGUACUCCGUCCUCCUCCUCAAGCUCGCGGCGUCGGGGCCGCCCAAGCCCACAGCGCCCCCUCUCGGCCCCAGGCUUCCCAGCCGUCUACCCUCAGUACCAGGUAUCACUUAGAACAGAGAGGCCCAGCCUCUGGUGCACCAAUGAGCCAAGUGGAAUUUGAAAUGGCCUGCGCUUCCCUCAAACAGCUGAAGGGUCCCGUGAGUGAUCAGGAGAAACUGCUGGUGUACAGCUUCUACAAGCAGGCCACCCAGGGCGACUGUAACAUCCCUGUCCCUCCAGCCACAGAUGUGAGAGCAAAGGCCAAAUGGGAGGCAUGGAAUGUGAACAAAGGGAUGUCCAAGAUGGAUGCCAUGAGGAUCUACGUUGCCAAAGUGGAAGAGCUGAAGAAAAAGGAGCCUUGCUAAGGACAUUUUGGCAGCUACAAGAAAUAACAUGGCUCCACUGGUAGGGAAUGGGCUUAAGAGUUCCUAAUGGCUGAAACAUACUGAAAGGGUAGCAGGGUUAGCGGAGACAUCAAAUAAAUCACUUGAACCGCACCAGAGUGGAGUCUGUUGGAAAAGAAACUCUGUGAGGGUCCUGGAAAGGGGUUCAAAUGUGCAAAAGCAUCUCUCUGCUGGGUAAAACUCCAUUAAUCUGGGUUUGGGUGGUCUGACCGGCAUUGACAGCCUUCCUAGUCCCACAGCCUAUGUGGAUGGAUAUCUGGCAGAAGAAGGGAUGGGUAGGGGGAAUCAUGCUAUGAAAAUGACCAAGGUUGGAAGUGGAGGCAGGGCCUUGGAUCUGUAUCAUUAAAGGGCUGUCAACUCACCAA